AUGCCCUAUAAAGACAUUAACAAAAGACGCGAGGCUAUACGCAAGAGUGUGGCUAAAUUAAGAGCCAAACGAAAAGGGAUUACAUAUGACGAUAAUGUAAACCCAAUAAUACCCAAACAAGGAAACAAAGAAGUAAACCCACAAAAGGGAUUUACUAAGGAGGAAAAAUUUACGCAAAUUUACGAACUAAUUAACCAAGAAAAAAAUGAAAGAAUGUCGUUUCAAAAUGAAAUAAGAGAAUGGAGCCAAAACAUCACCGAAAUCAUUAAUAACUUCCGGACAACAGGAAAGAAAAAAAACGAAACGAACAACCAAAAACAGACUGCGAGAAAAAAAACAUUCCAAGAGAAAAGCCCCCGAGAAAAACCAGAAAAAAAACCGCUGGCUGACAACGAAAAAAUCAAAGUUGAUACUGCCGAACUAGAAAAACACACCGGAAUUAAGAAAGAUUGA